CCACCAGACAGACGGGCGACAGCCCGAGAGGGCUGACAUCCCGAACCCCAACCGAGUCAUUCUUCCGGAGCCACCGCUUGCCGCCUCAGGUUCCUCUGGCUCCAUAGCCUGAGCUUUCUUUCGGUUUUGACAGUCUUGGCUGUCCCCACGACUGGCCUGGCCCUGAGUCUGGAAACGGCUGAAGGAGCUCCGCCUUCGGGGGUUCCUCGACGUGGGAGCUGGGUGCUGCGCAGGCUCCCGGUACCGACCGGGCGAUCGGUUCGGGGCGGCGCGCGGGGAGCAGCGGCACCUCUACCGCGCGCCCUCCUCCCGCCUUAGCUUGGCACCGACGGCAGCACCUCCGCAGAACCUCGGGCAGCCGGGAAAUCAGCUGGAUGUCGGCUAAGUGGCCUGGCCGCAACGAGCUCCGCUAAGCCCGGAGAUGAGGCAGGGCUUCGGACUCCUGCCCAUAGCGCCCUUUCUCUACUUGCUGGCUCUGCUGACCCCGCCAGGUGAUGGUAACCAGGGGAGUGUCACUGGAAGUUGUUACUGUAUAAAAAAUAUUCCUCUUGGCACACCGGUACCGACUACUAGCUUGAAUUAUAUCCGACCACGCCUGCAAACAUACGAUCACUGUACAAUGCGCAUCAGGUUCUGGUUAACGACGUCCAUCACUGUGUGUGGGGACAGCCGAGAACAGUGGGUCCUUGAUUUGGUAAAAUGCCUUGACAGCAAAGAGUGUGGAAAUAGCCAUGGGAAGAGGCUGCACCACCAGCAGCAUCUGCCUCACGCUAGCACCCGGAUCCCCGUGGCCACCGAGGGGACACCUCCAGCCACAAGCUCCCCUCCACGGAUGCAGAGUACCCAGCAGUCCACUUUCCCAUCUGGAGCACUGUCUUUGAACAAACGGCUCACCCACCACAGUGAGACCACCGCUCUCACAUCAGGCUAUGAAAGCACUGCUCUCACAUCAGGCUAUGACCCAGAAGCUAGACCCGCGGCUGAGGCAAAGAAAAACCAGCAAGAGGACAAACAGCAAGAAGAAAAACCGGGAGCUUCAGCUGGCAAAGCAGCCUUGGUGCCAGUGCUGUCCCUCCUGGCCAUUGUUUUCCUCCUCACGGCAGCCAUGGCCUAUAUGCUGUGCAGCAGGAGGAGAGACAGGCAGCAGACAGAUCUGCAGCUCAAUUACACACGCGUGAACUCUGGUGUCUGAAGCAGGAUAGGGGCUCUUGAGAGAAGACGCGGGAGAGAGAUGGCAGGCUGGGCUCCGUCAGUGAACUGGAUCUUCGCUCAUUCUUUCACGUCAUAAGCCAGAGCAGCUGAGCUGCUGAUUCUCUGCCUCUCCCUCCUAGGCUCUGGGCUUGCAGACAUACACCACAUCUGCUCUAAUUUACUGCUGUACAUAACGCAUUUAGAACUUUGUUUUGCUUAGGCAGGAUCUUACUUAGUCCAAGUCGGCCUCAAAUUCCCUAUGUGUCUGAGGAUGACUAUUGAGUCUCCUGCCUCCACUUCCAUAGUGCUGGAUUGCAUACUUGCUAAACUUUUUUUUUUUUUUUGAGACAGUAUUUCACUAUUUUGCCCUGGCUGUCCUAGAACUCAGAAGGAUCUGCCUGCCUCUGCAGUGUUGGGAU